AGCAUUGAAGUAUUGAGCGUCAUCACGUGGAGUUAAUUGAGAAGAUGGCGUCUAUAGUAAAAGACACCGGGGAAAUUUGGAGUCGUCUCUUCAAUCACCGACCCUUCGUUCAGGGAGAGAUCAGCUACUUCUUACGAGAGUUUGAGGAGCGACGAGAGGACAGAGAAGUGGAGCGCCUUUUCAAGAUCUUGGAAUAUUCGACAGAGCUUGGACAGAGUCAAUUUGACCGUACAGAGCAGCUGGGCGAUUGUCAUUUGCCCAGUCUGAAGGCAAAUUUAGACGUUGCACUUAGCAUGUGCCAGCGAGUCCUUGAACAGGAAGAAAAGACUGAGAACGAUAAAAAACUCCAAGUGAACAGAGAGACAAGAAAGUCCCAGUGGCAAAAGUUCAUCAAUGAUAUGAGCUCCAAAUGCGAAAAAGUUGAUAAAACUUUUGAAGAAAAAGAAGAGGAACUCAGAGGGUUUUAUCAGGACUUGGAAGAAAAACUUCACAUUUCUCCUUGAAUUAAAACGUAUUAGUCAACUCAAGGAUCAUAAAAAUAUUCCUGUUUUUUCAUUCAACGCUUAGACUGUGAUAGAAGACCAAGAAAAAAAUUAAUAUAUGUAUCCUGCUUAUUUAUCUCUGUUGUAUCAAUUCAGAGGAUUUAAAACCCUUUGUACUAUUCAGAUAAUCAAAUAAUCAGCCAAUAUGCCUGUGGAGGUGAUAAAAGAUCCUUCCAUAACUAUCAACCCUGGUGCAGAGUUGGUAAAUUUUGUGAUGAAGAAAGUGAAAGAAACAGAUCAGCUGCCCAAA